CAAAUUUUUUUUUACUUUUUUCAUAGACAUGCCAUUGUUCUCUCUGAUCCAUCCCACACAUCCUUUCAGUCCAAUCGCUGAAUUUUUUUUUUUAUUUUUAAAAAAUAAACCCAUUAUUUCUUCUUCUUUUUUUAUUUUUUUUAUUUCACAGCUUUUUUGUUUUUUGUUUUUUUAGAAAACAAACUUUUUCGUUACUGGGUCUGCUUGCAUCUGUAUCUGUGUCCAAGUUUUUGGCAUUAUGCUCUGGCCCUUGCGUGUUUGGUUCCUUGUGUGCGAGUGAUUUUCACUCAUCUUUUUCACCAUUUUGUGUGUUUGUGUGUGUGUGUCUCUCUCUGAAAGAAAAAGAAGAUAAUGUGAAGUUGGGGGGAAUCACAGGGAAAAGAGAGAGGGACGAACAGAGCUGGGUUGGAAACCAACAACAUACCCACAUGGAAUUUUGUGGGGAUCGCCCAAAACAUAUAGAAAUAACACACGCAUUCUCAGAUCUCUAGGAUCUCAGAAUUUCAGGCUUGGUUUGUUUUGCUUGUUUCUUGAGAAAAUUCUCUUCUCUUUGGCUCUUUGUCUCAGCUCAUAUGGUUCCCAUUAACUCAGUUCUAAUUCAAUUAUCUGUUUCAUAGCUGAAUAUCUUGUGGGAUACUGGUUUUAGCAUCCGGGUCUCUUUGUAUGGUGAAGUUUAUUGAGAAAGUGCAAAACUUUAUCUGUUUGAAGUAGGAAAAAAAAAAAAAAAAAAGAGGAAAAACGAAGCUUUUGCUGUUAUGGUAAUGGUGGGGCUGCUUUAUGGGAUUCUGAUUCGGACACAGCCUUUUUGUUCGGAUAAGUCAAUAUGGAGGUAAUUUGUUUCGAGAAUGGCCAGUUGUGCUUGUUGGGUAUGGUGGUUUUGAUCAGUGGGUACUGCUGGUAGUAGCAAAGAUAGUAAGGUGAAAAAAAUUACUGAGCAGAGAGAAAGACUAUGGAAACAAAUGGUUUCGUAUUGUGGAAAGUGGGUAUACUGGUUUUGGCAUUAGUUGAAGCCUCUUCUGCAACUCUUUCUCCAAAUGGCAUAAAUUAUGAAGUGGUAGCUUUGAUGGCCAUUAAAAACAGUCUUAUUGACCCCCAUAAUGUUCUGGAGAAUUGGGAUGGUAGUUCUGUGGAUCCUUGCAGCUGGAGGAUGGUGACGUGCUCAUCAGAUGGCUAUGUAUCUGCUUUGGGAUUGCCUAGCCAGAGCUUGGCCGGUACUUUAUCUCCAGGGAUUGGAAACCUCACUAACUUGGAAUAUCUGUUGCUUCAAAAUAAUGACAUUUCGGGCCCAAUUCCUGCUGCAAUUGGAAAACUAGAGAAGCUACAGACACUUGAUCUCUCGAACAACAUACUCAGCGGUGAAAUACCUGAUUCUUUUGGAGACCUGAAGAACCUGAAUUAUUUGCGAUUAAACAACAAUAGCCUUUCAGGACCCUGCCCUCAGUCUCUGUCCACGGUUGAAGGUCUUACACUUGUGGACCUGUCAUUUAACAAUUUGAGUGGUUCCUUGCCAAAAAUAUCUGCAAGAACUUUCAAAAUUGUAGGCAACCCUUUAAUUUGUGGCCCGAAGGCUGGGAACAACUGUUCUGCUGUCCUUCCAGAGCCACUGUCCUUCCCACCUGAUGCGCUAAAAGCUCAAUCAGACUCAGGGACAAAACGCCAUAGAGUGGCUAUUGUAGUUGGUGCUAGUCUUGGUGCUGCUUUUAUCGUCAUAUUAUUUAUUUCAUUAUUAGUCUGGUGGCGAUAUAGACACAACCAGCAGAUUUUCUUUGAUGUCAAUGAUCAAUAUGAUCCAGAGGUAUGCUUAGGCCAUUUGAGAAGGUAUACAUUUAAGGAGCUACGGGCUGCAACUGACCAUUUUAACUCAAAGAAUAUUCUUGGGAGAGGUGGCUUUGGAAUUGUGUACAGGGGAUGCUUGAAUGAUGGGACUCUGGUGGCAGUUAAAAGGCUAAAGGACUAUAACACUGCCGGUGGUGAAAUCCAAUUUCAGACAGAAGUUGAGAUGAUAAGUUUGGCUGUUCAUAGGAAUCUUCUAAGGCUUUGUGGAUUUUGCUCAACUGAGAAUGAGCGGCUCCUUGUUUACCCCUAUAUGCCUAAUGGAAGUGUUGGCUCUCGUUUAAGAGAUCACAUUCAUGGUCGGCCAGCUCUAGACUGGGCAAGACGCAAGAGGAUAGCUUUAGGUACAGCAAGGGGGCUAGUUUAUUUGCAUGAGCAGUGCGACCCCAAAAUUAUCCACCGUGAUGUCAAGGCAGCCAAUAUUUUGCUGGAUGAAGACUUUGAGGCAGUGGUUGGAGAUUUUGGGUUGGCAAAACUUUUAGAUCAUAGAGAUUCACAUGUGACCACAGCUGUUCGUGGCACUGUUGGCCACAUUGCUCCAGAAUACCUAUCCACAGGUCAGUCAUCUGAGAAGACUGAUGUGUUUGGAUUUGGGAUCUUACUCCUGGAGCUAAUCACUGGUCAGAAGGCUUUGGAUUUUGGACGGCAAGCAAACCAAAAAGGCGUAAUGCUUGAUUGGGUAAAGAAACUCCAUCAGGAAGGAAAGCUAAAUCUGAUGGUGGAUAAGGAUCUCAAGGGAAAAUAUGACCGGGUUGAGUUGGAAGAAAUGGUUCAGGUUGCCUUGUUAUGCACUCAAUUUAAUCCAUCUCACCGGCCAAAAAUGUCCGAAGUUCUUAAGAUGUUAGAAGGCGAUGGUCUAGCGGAGAAAUGGGAGGCAUCUCAGAAAGUUGAAACACCCAGAUUUCGUUCAUGUGAAAACCCUCCACAAAGAUAUUCGGAUUAUAUAGAGGAAUCUUCACUUGUGGUAGAAGCAAUGGAGCUCUCAGGCCCUAGGUGACAACCAUUUUUCCUUUUUCCUUAUAUACCUGCCUCUUACAUCAUUAAAAGUUGCAGAAAAAGUUUGAAAAAUGAGAAUUAUGUUAUUGGUGGUGUUGAUAGCUGUUGAAUGCUUUGUAAUUCAUCUGUAAAAAAGAAAAAUAUGAAAAAAGGGAAGAAAAAAAAAAUUAUGUAUAAGCUGCUUUUUUCUAUUUGGGUUAAUCAAUCAAUUGACUUGAUUGAGCUUCACGGUUAGAACAAAAAUUUUGGAGAGUUUUAGAAAUUUGUACGUGGUUAAUAUAUAUAUAUAUAUAUAUUAUAUUCACAUUGUUCUUA